AUGCCCGCGGUGGACGUCCCGAUUAUCCUAGCAUUACGCUAUUCCUGUUCGUUUAGCGUUGACUGGCUGAGUAGUGUCUCGUUUGAAACGCAUAUAAGCGAUGGCGGUCUUCGGAGACUGCUCCCCCUCGUUUUAUGGUCUUCCUAUUCACACUACUCUUCUACUCAUUCCACCAUGGUUCCGUCGCGCACCGACCCGACUACUAGCGAUGUUGUCGACAAGUCGAAACUAAAAAUCGUCGCCCUCGCAUCUCCCGCCGAUGGCCACACCUUUCCCAUCCUACGCAUCGUCGAGGAGCUCGUGCUCCGCGGCUACGACGUGACGUUCCUCGCCGGCGCCGACUUCGAGGAGCGCACCGCCGCCGUCGGCGCCCACCACGUCCCCGUGCCGCCCUACGACAACAUCAACCGAAUCAUGGCCGAGGUGGCGGCCAUCCAGGAUCCCGGCGCCCGUCUCAGCACGGCCAUGGCACGGCUCUUCAUCGAGCCCACCGCCGGCCGCAUGGCGGUGCUGUACGCCGCGCUCGCGCAGGUCAAGCGGGACAAGCCCGGCCACACGGUCCUGCUCCUGACCGAGUCCUUUUUUCUCGGCGACCAUCCGCUGCUCCUCGGCGCGCCGCCGCCCGAGGGCUUCGUCCGCCGCCCGCGCGCCGUCAACAUCCAUGCCUGCAGCUACGGGCUGACCAGCGUCGACUGCGCGCCGUUUGGCAUGACCGUGGUGCCCGACGGCACCGCGGAGAGCCGUGCCGUGUACAGGCAACUGUCCGCCGACUUGCUCGCCGGGCCGCUUGCGGCAUCCGUGGCUCUCCAAAAGAAAACCUUGGCGGAGCUCGGCGCCACGAAUCUGGAGCAUGUCGGGGACCGCCAUCCGCUCGAUGUCAUCACCACGGCGGCCGAUGUGACGCUGCAAAUGUGCCCGCCAAGCGUCGAGUACCACCGCUCCGAUGUCCACCCCAAGGUUCGUUUUGUUGGUGCCCUGCCGCCCCGUGUUAGGAAGCAGGGCUUUGUGGCGCCGCCCUUUUGGGACACCAUCGUCGACGGCAAGAACAAGAUUGUGGUCGUGUCGCAGGGUACUGUCGCGCAGCGGUACGACCAGCUUCUUAUCCCUGCGAUGCAUGCCCUCGCAGACCGAGACGAUGUUGUUGUCGUGGCGAUUCUGGGAUGCAGAGGCGCGAAGCUGGCUCCCGAAAUCACGAUACCGUCAAACGCCCACGUCGUCGACUACCUAUCGUACGAUGCAGUGCUGCCCCAUGCCUCUGCAUUCGUGAUGAACGCUGGGUAUGGCGGCUUCAUGCAUGGGAUUGUCAAUGGCGUGCCGAUGGUGCUGGCGGGUGGCACCGAGGACAAGCCGGAAGUGGCGAAUCGCGGCGAGUUUGCUGGUGUAGGAAUCAACUUGAGGACAGGCACGCCAUCGCAGACGCAGAUCCGGGAAGCGGUCGAUGAGAUUCUGUCCAACUCCAAGUAUAGGAACCGUGUCAAGGAGAUUCAACUGGAGAAUGAAAACAUGAGUGCAAUGGAUGCGGUCGAGGAAGAGAUUCUCAAAUGGGCUGCCAUUGACUAA